AAAAUGAUUAUUCGUGAUUAAAAGGCAUAGAAACGAUAUAUUUGUCUUGAAAUUUAUACAAAACGUUAAUGUUUGGGAAGUAGAAACACCCUUAACGAUGGCUUCAGGCAGUAAACCUAAGAAGCUUCCUCAGAUAAUGUGUCCUGAACACCCUGAUGCUUUUCUGGUGGAGGAUUACCACGCAGGUGACAUGAUCUGUCCCGAGUGUGGCCUAGUUGUCGGCGACAGAGUUGUUGAUGUUGGAACAGAGUGGAGAACUUUCAGUAAUGACAAGACGGACAAGGAUCCCUCUCGUGUUGGAGCUUCUGAGAAUCCCCUAUUAGAAGGCGGGGAUCUAUCAACUAUGAUAGCCACAGGUGUGGGUGGUUCAGAAGGCAUGGUCGAUGAACACGGGAAACCAAUGUAUAGAAACAGACGAACAAUGAACAGUUCAGACAGAGCACUGAUAAAUGCAUUCAGAGAAAUUGGACAAAUGGGGGACAGGCUUAACCUACCAAGAAUGAUUGCUGACAGAGCCAAUACACUGUUCAAACAAGUUCAUGAAGGUAAAGCCCUGAAAGGUCGUAGUAAUGAUGCCAUUGCUUCAGCAUGUAUGUACAUUGCCUGUCGUCAAGAGGGAGUUCCAAGGACAUUCAAAGAGAUCUGUGCUGUGUCAAAAAUUUCCAAGAAGGAAAUUGGACGUGUGUUCAAGUUGAUCUUGAAGAAUCUAGAAACAAAUGUAGAACUGAUCACCACAGGGGACUUCAUGUCUCGUUUUUGUUCCAAUCUUGGUCUGCCAAACUCUGUACAGAAGGCAGCUACUCACAUUGCUCGUAAAGCAGUGGAUCUGGAUCUCACACCAGGUCGCAGUCCUAUCUCUGUGGCUGCUGCAGCUAUUUACAUGGCAUCGCAAGCUUCUGCAGACAAAAAGUCCCAGAAGGAAAUUGGAGACAUAGCAGGGGUGGCUGAGGUGACCAUUAGACAAUCCUACAAGCUGAUGUACCCUAAAGCUCACCUGUUGUUCCCAGAAGAUUUCAAAUUUGUCACCCCUAUAGAGCAGCUUCCAUCACAGUGAUUGGGGUAACCAGGGGGCAUCACAUUGAUUGGGUUAACCAGAGGACAUGGAAAGAAAACCUCAGGAAGACGAUAGCUUUAUCAUUUCCAUCACAAGUCACUAGUCAUCUAAUUUCAGUAUGGAUUCAUAUUUUAAAUCAUAUUCCUGCAUCUAAUAGAAGAAUGCUCAUUGAAUGUCCCAUUUCUCCAUAAAUACAUACCGGUACAAUAUGUGGAGCAAAACAAAAAAAAUUGCUGUUGUUUCAACCAGCAGAUACUUAGCAUGAAUAUUACAUGUUUGUGUCAUUUUAAAUGUAUAUGUACAUGUAUGUAAUGAUUUGUUAAAACAUUUAUGAAAUCACCUGUAUUCAAUUUGAUUAUGCUACAUGUUGUCGAACUACAUGUGUUAUUUAUUUAAUACCAAGUAAUAAAUAAUUUAAUGUUCAAUGCUUGGUAGAUAAUUACAGUGUUUUCUCAGAGAUCAACCUUAACCUUUCAGCUGUUGGUCUUACUAUUGUACUCUCUAUAUAGAUUUAAUAGUUUAGCCCAGGCCAAUGUAAAUUACAAUGCAACUCUGACAAAUUUCUUUAUAAAAUUCAUCAAUUUAGCAUUAGAUUUAUUUUUGAUUUUUUGUUAAUAUUGUUGAUGUUCAGGCUUAUUUGACCAGAUAGCGAAAAAAAACCAUUUGAUAUGAGUAUUGUAAUGUAGUGAAAGUGAUCAUAAUAAUUUCUAAAACAUGUAUCAUGUUUUAUCUUUAGUUUGCAGGAGAUCAUUGCAUGGGUAUAAAAAAAAAAAAAAAAAAAAAAGAAUGGUCAUGCCAAACUUGGUAAUAAAUAUACACAAAUUUUUUUUAAAGGAAAUGCUAAUUCCUAUUUGCAGGACUCUUUACAUGGAAGUUUUAUAUGUACCGGUACAACUCCAUGCACUCUGUAUAUAGAAAUACUGUAGUUGUUUUUGAAGUGCUAACUGCAUAAUGUCAAGAGCUAUGUACAUGUCCAUGUAUAUCAUGUAAUGUAUAGUCUUUGAAUUCAUAAACCGUUUAUAUCGGGUAUUUGUUUUUUAUGAAGGUACAUAGUUUUCUUGUUGUUGUUCAUCAGCAAUUCGUGUUCAUAAAGUUUAAAUGGCUAUAUAU